AAUUUUAUUAUUAGUCAAGAGAUGAGAGCUUUAAAAUGAGUAAAAAUGAGUAAAAAUGAGAUAUCCAAAUUUAAAAUUUCAUUUCUGUAAACCAAUCAUGACACAUAAGUAGAAUUCCAUCUAAUUGCUCUUCUGUGAUCAACCUUCUACGUCGUCUAUGGCGGCAGCAUCACUCCGCCGGAUCGGCGCCAUCGCCGCUACCACAACUGCUGCCACGAUCAUUUUCACCAUGCCAUCUCAAUCCUUUUCGUCCAACGACAGAGUAUCGGAUGCAAUCCAGGCUAGAAUCGCUGAUCCAAACAUCAUCGUGCCGAAUCGGACAGUUCAUCGGUCAUCUCUUGUGGACGCCACAGCUGAAAAUCCACUGGAUGUUCUCGUUAUCGGAGGAGGUGCAACUGGAUGUGGUGUCGCUCUUGACGCAGUUACAAGAGGUCUCCGCGUCGGCCUUGUGGAAAGAGAAGAUUUUGCUUCCGGGACGUCUUCUAGGUCUACUAAGUUAGUCCAUGGAGGAGUACGGUACCUGGAGAAAGCUGUAUUUAAUGUUGAUUAUAGGCAGCUGAAGCUUGUCUUUGAUGCUCUGAAGGAACGUAAACUGAUGAUUGAUAAUGCUCCACAUCUGUGUCACUCUUUGCCUUGCAUGACACCAUGUUUUGAUUGGCUUGAAGUGGUAUACUACUGGGCUGGGUUGAAACUGUACGAUCUUGUUGCAGGACCCAGAUUGUUGCAUUUAUCACGGUAUUACUCAGCACUAGAGUCUAUUGAGCUCUUUCCCACUCUUAGAAGAACAGGGAAAGAUAAGAGGUUAAAGGGCACUGUAGUUUAUUAUGAUGGACAAAUGAAUGACUCUCGGCUCAAUGUUGGCUUGGCUUGCACUGCUGCUUUAGCUGGUGCGUCUAUGUUUAAUCAUGCUGAAGUUGUUUCAUUACUGAAGGAUGAAGUUGACGGGCGCAUAAUUGGUGCAAGGAUACAUGACAAUCUCUCUGGUGAAGAGUUCAAUACAUAUGCUAAAGUUGUGGUAAAUGCUGCUGGGCCAUUUUGUGACUUUGUUCGUAAAUUAGUGGAUAAGGCUGCUCCACCCAUGAUCUGUCCUAGCAGCGGUGUACAUAUUGUUCUCCCUGACUACUAUUCACCUGAAGGGAUGGGGUUGAUCGUACCUAAAACUAAGGAUGGACGUGUCGUUUUCAUGCUUCCAUGGCUGGGAAGGACGUUAGCUGGGACUACAGAUUCUGGUACCAUCAUAACAAUGCUGCCAGAACCACAUGAGGAUGAGAUUCAAUUUAUUUUGGAUGCAAUCUCGGAUUACCUCAAUAUUAAGGUACGUCGUACAGAUGUUCUCUCUGCCUGGAGUGGCAUUCGCCCUUUAGCAAUGGAUCCAAGAGCGAAGAACACGGAAAGCAUUUCUCGUGAUCAUGUUGUUUGUGAAGAUUAUCCAGGCUUAGUCACUGUUACUGGUGGAAAAUGGACCACCUAUAGAAGCAUGGCUGAGGAUGCUGUUGAUGCUGCAAUAAAGUCUGGAAAGCUAAGUCCAGCCAAUGAAUGCAUGACCCACAAAUUGAAACUUAAUGGUGCCUAUGGUUGGGAUCAUGCUUAUUUUACUGUAAUCUCUCAGCAGUAUGUCAGAAUGAAGAGGACUUAUGGUGGAAAAAUCGUUCCUGGUGUAAUGGACACUGCUGUUGCAAAGCAUUUAUCUCAAGCCUAUGGUACCUUGGCUGAGCGGGUGGCUUCAAUUGCUCAGAAUGAAGGUUUAGGCAAGCGUCUCGCUCAUGGAUACCCUUUCCUGGAAGCAGAAGUUGCUUAUUGUGCCCGAUAUGAAUAUUGUGAGUCUGCAACUGAUUUUAUUGCUCGGAGAUGUCGUCUUGCUUUUCUGGAUACUGAUGCAGCUGGUCGGGCCUUGCCUCGUGUCAUUGAAAUUCUAGCGGUGGAACGUAAAUGGGACAAAUCUAGAAAGAACGAGGAGUUGAAGAAAGCUAAAUCAUUCCUAGAGACUUUCAAGUCUUCAAAAAAUUCACAGUUUUAUGAUGGUAAACAUACAUAGAACAAUUCUCUUUUAAGAGCAAUUCUUUUUCAGUCAAUUGCAAUAACUUGUACAUUCUGAUAUCAGCUUGGAGGUCAUUUUUUCUUCAUUUUUUGAAUCACAAUUCCUUUUCAAUGUGUUUUUGUUUGAAAGUUCAACCCAUUUUACUAACGAGUACAGAUACCCGCUAAUGUAACGUCCAAUUGCGUCGUCUAGACUACUUAUAUAUGACUGUGUGCUUAAUUCUUUACAAAUGUACAAGCAUAGAGUAUCAUAAUAGAACUGAUAAGAAUGUGUACAGAAAUAAAAUCUUUGGAAGGUAUUAUUUGAUGCUGCAUAAGUGAUUCUAAUAAAUUUUAGCUGCUGUUUGUCUUCAUUUAUUGGUGUUCGGACUUUUUGGCUGAAGGAUGAAUUACAGUUAAAACCUACCUAGAAAUAUGUGAAUGGUGCGGACUGCUCCCUUUUCUCAAGAUAUCCUGAUAGGCUCAAAGCUAAUGGUUGUCUACCCCGGCCAUGACUAUGGUCUAUGAGUGAAUGUAACUUUACUCUUAUUAAUAGAUUUUAUGUGAAUGUUGCUUUGAGGUGUUUUUCAAGAAAUUUGUGUUCAUCGAUGCAGAUAGUGAAGCCAUAUCAAUAGAAAAGUGGGUGAUUACUGAUUAAUGUAAAUGAGAUUUUUGUGUAAAAAUGAAAUAAUACCCUUAUACUCUCUUUGUCAUGUAAUAUUUGUUAUACGUGCAAUUUACGCGAAAAUCAAUACAAAUGAGGAAAAUGAAUGUUUUAAG